AUGGCUAUCACGCACGAGGAGUUUGGAUAUGCGACUGGGGCGCUGCAGGCGGCGAAGGCGUUUGCGGCUGAGAUUCGGGGGAAGAUUGUCGUCAUCACAGGCGUGUCCCCGAACAGCAUAGGUUCAGCUCUGGCUCUUGCAGUUGGCUCUCAGGGACCAAAGCAGUUGAUUCUCGCUUCUCGAACUUUGGCAAACAUCCAAAAGGUUGCGGCGGAAAUUCAUUCUGUGUACCCAGACGUCAACAUUGAUGAAGUGGUUCUUGAUCUGUCGAACUUUCAAAGUAUCCGACAAGCAGCCCAGAGAGUAAAGGCAAUCGUAGGGGCAGGAGCAGCCGUCGAUGUUCUGUUCAACAAUGCUGGUAUCAACGUAAGCAGGAAAUCUCUGACGGAAACGGGUGUGGAACUCCAAUUUGCAACGAACCAUAUUGGACCAUUCCUCUUCACAAAUUUACUGCUUCCUUCCAUGCUCCAAGCAAAGGGCAGAAAACGAAGGGUCGUCAACACUGCGAGCGAAGCCCACGUCAUCUCCCCAGUGAGGUUCAGUGACAUCAACCAGGAACCCGGCAAGGUAGUCCCUAAGGAUGAACAACCAAGAAGGGGACUACCUGAAGGUAUGCUGAAGAAUGAUGGCACAUAUGAAUCUAGCAUCGCCUAUGGACAAAGCAAGACAGCAAAUGUGUUGUUUAGUGUUGGUUUGAAUGCCAGAUACGCUUCGCAAGGGUUGAAGAGCUUUGCUGUUUCUCCUGGGAAUAUCAUGACCAACUUGGUAAGAGCCAUGACCGAAGAGGCUCUUCAGGGAUUCUUUGCAGGAAUUGGCGACAAAUGGAAGAAUCUAGAUCAGGGAGCAUCGACGUUGGUCGUAGCUGGAUUCGAUCCGGGAUUGGAUGAAGAAGCCGGAGUGUACGUUGAAGAUUGCCAAAUGAAGAGACCAGCGGGAUGGGCAUCAGAUAGUGCAAAGGCUGAGAGGCUUUGGAAAUUGAGUGAAGGGCUGUGUGGUUACUUCUCCGCGAGUCAGGGCAUGGCACGGACGGUGAUGAGCCCGCAUCUAUCCGACUUUCGAGAGAUCGUGGCAGAUCUUCAGGAUUUCAACGUCGCAUAG